GAGAGGGUGGGAAAAGAUGCAUGGUCUGUGGAGGAGGUGUGGUGGUUGCUUCGAGCCUCUGCAAUAUUUUGCGACCGGCGUUCGGUGCGCUUUCGAGCUACUUCGCCGUGAUCUCGACGGCCGACCCUUCCCCCUUUAUAUACGGCCGGCCGCCGUGAUCCCUCCUCAACCUCACCGCACCACCGCAGCACCCGCCAGCGACGACAAGCACGCUCCCCCACUGCCUCCUACUGUCAGCGCCAUGGCCUGCAGCUGCGCUCACGAUGUGGUGUUCGACGCCAACGUGAUCCGGAACAGCGCGCUGGAGGACGGGCUCGCCGGGUGGGCGCCGCUGGGGGCCUGCACGGAGCUCUCGGUGCGCCACGAGGAGCCUGCCAGGGUGCCCACGCAGACCAUCAACGACGUGGAGGACGGGUACAGGCCGAGCGGCAGGUACAUUCUGGUGGCCGGCCGCGGAGGCGAGGAGGACGGCCUCUGCCAGGCGAUCCCCGCCGGCGCGCUCAAGCCCCGCGUCACCUACCGGGUGGCCGGGUGGAUCGGCCUCGGCGACGGCGCCGCCGAGGAGCACGCGGUGCGCGUCAACAUUCGCUUGGGCGGCGACGAGGGCGAGGAAGAAGGAGGCGAGGGCGGGGAGUGCGCGUUGGUGGUCGAGGCCGGCGCGGUGUGCGCCGAGGCCGGCAAGUGGACGGAGAUCAAGGGCGUGUUCCGGCUCAAGGCGAGCCCGGCGUCCGGCGCCGGGGUGCACGUCCAGGGCGCGCCCGCCGGCGUCGACGUGAAGGUGAUGGAUCUCCAGGUGUUCGCCACGGACCGCAAGGCCCGGUUCAAGAAGCUCCGGAAGAAGACUGACAAGGUGCGGAAGCGCGACGUGGUGCUCAAGUUCGCCGGCGCCGGGGCGUCGUCGGGGGUGUCGGGGGCGUCGAUCCGGGUGAUGCAGAUGGACACGAGUUUCGCGUUCGGCGCGUGCAUCAACCCGGCGGUGAUCCAGGAGCCGGCGUUCGUCGACUACUUCACCAAGCACUUCGACUGGGCGGUGUUCGAGAACGAGCUCAAGUGGUACCACACGGAGGCGGUGCAGGGGCAGCUCAACUACGCCGACCCCGACGCGCUGCUCGACUUCUGCGACCGCCACGGCAAGCCCGUGCGCGGCCACUGCAUCUUCUGGGCCGUCGACCGCAUGGUGCAGAAGUGGGUCAAGGACCUGCCCAACGACCAGCUCGCCGCCGCCGUCCAGGGCCGCCUCACCAGCCUCCUCACCCGCUACGCCGGCCGCUUCCCGCACUACGACGUCAACAACGAGAUGCUCCACGGCACCUUCUUCCAGGACCGCCUCGGCGACGACGUCAACGCCUUCAUGUUCAAGGAGACGGCCAGGCUCGACCCCGGCGCCGCCCUCUUCGUCAACGACUACAACGUCGAGGGCGGCGGCGACCCCAACGCCACCCCGGAGAAGUACAUCGCGCAGGUCAACGCGCUCAUGGAGAAGGGCGCCCCUGUCGGCGGCAUCGGGCUGCAGGGCCACGUCACCAACCCCGCCGGCGAGAUCAUCUGCGACGCGCUCGACAAGCUCGCCACCACCGACCUGCCCGUCUGGCUCACCGAGCUGGACGUGUGCGAGUCCGACGUCUGCCUCCGCGCCGAGGACCUGGAGGUGGUGCUCCGAGAGGCGUACGCGCACCCGGCCGUCGAGGGCGUCGUGCUGUGGGGGUUCAUGCAGGGGCACAUGUGGCGCCAGGACGCCUGCCUCGUCAACUCCGACGGCACCAUCAACGACGCCGGCCAAAGGUUCAUCAACCUGCGGCAGGAGUGGACGUCGCACGCGCGCGGGAAGAUCGACAGCGACGGCAACUUCAAGUUCAGGGGGUACCACGGCUCGUACGUCGUGCAGCUCGCCACGGCCACGGGGAAGAUGCACAAGGCCUUCAGCGUCGACAAGGGGGACACACCUCUCGUGCUCGACAUGGACGUGUGACAACGGUUACCUACUACGGUUAUUAUCUCCGAGAGUAUAGUUAUACUACUGGUACUAAUACACGCAUACAACCACACAUUAAUUAAUUUGAUCUAAUGGGAUCAGCAAAGGAAUUGUACCACAUACACCAACUAUAGUUUUGCAUUUCUACAUUUGGCAUUUGGGGUAUAUAUUGUACUUAUGAGAGAAAGUAAUUAAGGUAUUGUAUUGGUUAAUGGAUAUGAUUGAAUAAAAUAGAUGAGCUAUUAAUUACUCCCUCUGCAAACAAAUAUCAGUAAUUAAGGUAUUGUAUUGGUUAAUGGAAA